GCGCGCGGUUCCCGAGGACGGACGGUCGCCUGAGGAGAAAGAAGGGAAGGGAAAGAAGGAGAAAGAAGGAGGCCGCCGCCGCCAUGCACGUGGUCAAGAGAGAUGGGCGUCAUGAGCGCGUCAUGUUUGACAAGAUCACGUCCCGGAUCCAGAAACUGUGUUACGGUCUCAACUUGGACUUCGUUGACCCAGCUCAGAUCACCAUGAAAGUGAUCCAGGGCCUUUACAGUGGAGUCACUACUGUAGAACUAGAUACUCUGGCCGCUGAAACAGCAGCAACCUUGACAACCAAGUAUCCUGACUAUGCUAUCCUCGCAGCAAGAAUUGCUGUCUCCAACCUGCACAAGGAAACCAAGAAAGUAUUCAGCGAUGUGAUGGAAGAUCUGUACAACUAUGUGAACCCGCACAAUGGCAAACAUUCUCCAAUGAUUGCUAAGGAAACUCUAGACAUCGUAUUGGCCAACAAAGAUAGACUGAACUCUUCUAUAAUUUAUGAUCGGGAUUUCUCCUAUAAUUACUUCGGCUUUAAGACACUUGAGCGUUCGUAUCUGCUAAAAAUCAAUUCCAAAGUGGCUGAGCGCCCCCAACACAUGUUGAUGAGGGUGUCUGUGGGAAUCCACAAGAACGACAUCGAUGCUGUAAUUGAAACCUAUAACCUACUUUCUGAGAAGUGGUUCACCCAUGCGUCGCCCACUCUUUUCAAUGCUGGUACCAACCGCCCCCAGCUCUCCAGCUGCUUUCUGCUGUGCAUGAAGGAUGACAGCAUUGAAGGGAUCUACGACACUCUUAAGCACUGCGCGCUGAUUUCCAAGUCUGCUGGCGGGAUUGGUGUCGCAGUGAGCUGCAUUCGAGCCACCGGCAGCUAUAUCGCCGGGACCAACGGGAACUCUAAUGGACUUGUCCCAAUGCUGAGGGUCUACAACAACACAGCUCGCUAUGUGGACCAAGGAGGGAACAAGAGACCUGGAGCCUUUGCCAUCUACCUGGAGCCGUGGCAUUUUGAUAUCUUUGAGUUCCUUGACCUGAAGAAAAACACUGGGAAGGAGGAGCAGCGUGCCCGCGACCUCUUCUACGCCCUCUGGAUCCCAGACCUCUUCAUGAAGCGCGUGGAGACCAACCAGGACUGGUCUUUGAUGUGCCCCAGUGAAUGCCCGGGCCUAGAUGAAGUCUGGGGAGAGGAGUUUGAGAAGCUGUAUGAGAGCUAUGAGAAGCAGGGGCGUGUCCGCAGAGUGGUGAAGGCUCAGCAGCUCUGGUAUGCCAUCAUAGAGUCUCAGACGGAGACAGGAACGCCUUACAUGCUGUACAAGGACUCUUGCAACAGGAAGAGCAACCAGCAGAAUCUGGGAACUAUCAAAUGCAGCAACCUGUGCACAGAAAUUGUGGAAUACACCAGCCAAGAUGAGGUUGCGGUUUGCAACUUGGCUUCCUUAGCCCUGAAUAUGUACGUCACUCCCGAGCACACUUACGACUUCAAGAAGCUGGCCGAGGUCACCCGAGUCAUUGUCCGGAAUCUGAACAAGAUAAUCGACAUCAACUACUACCCUGUGCCAGAGGCCGAGACCUCAAACAAGCGUCAUCGUCCGAUUGGUAUCGGUGUGCAGGGACUGGCUGAUGCCUUCAUCCUCAUGCGGUACCCUUUUGAGAGCGCAGAGGCCCAGCUGCUCAACCAGCAGAUCUUUGAGACCAUUUACUAUGGCGCCCUAGACGCCAGCUGUGAGCUUGCCAAGGAACAUGGGCCCUACGAAACCUACGAGGGAUGCCCAGUCAGCAAAGGCAUCCUUCAGUAUGACAUGUGGAAUGUGACCCCUACAGACCUUUGGGAUUGGAAGGCUCUGAAGGAGAAGAUUGCAAAGUACGGGGUUCGGAACAGCCUCCUCCUUGCGCCAAUGCCGACAGCUUCUACAGCUCAGAUCUUGGGCAACAAUGAGUCCAUUGAGCCCUAUACAAGCAACAUCUACACACGCAGAGUUCUCUCUGGAGAGUUCCAGAUAGUGAAUCCCCACUUACUGAAAGACCUGACGGAGAGGGGCCUGUGGAACGAGGAGAUGAAGAACCAGAUUAUUGGCUACAAUGGCUCUAUCCAGAAUAUCCCUGAGAUCCCAGAUGACUUGAAGCAGCUCUAUAAGACGGUGUGGGAAGUCUCCCAGAAAACGGUCCUCAAGAUGGCAGCAGACCGGGGGGCCUUCAUUGACCAGAGCCAGUCUCUCAACAUCCACAUUGCGGAGCCCAACUAUGGCAAACUGACCAGCAUGCACUUCUACGGGUGGAAGCAGGGUUUGAAGACUGGCAUGUACUACCUGAGGACAAAGCCGGCGGCCAACCCCAUCCAGUUCACCCUGAACAAGGAGAAGCUGAAGGAGAAGAGCUUCAAGGAUGAGGAGGAGAAAGAGAGGAACAAAGCAGCCAUGGUGUGCUCCUUGGAGAACAGAGACGAGUGUCUCAUGUGCGGGUCUUAAGCUGCUGCCAGGUGUGGAGACCCCCCCCCCCACCUCUCCUGCUCCAGCCCUCCUGCAGCCCCAGCUAGGUUAGUUAGGUCUAGUUCACUUUGGAGAGAAGAGAGAGGCUGCCGUUCUGCUUCAGGAGGGGGUCAAGCAGUUGUGGGUCGCUGGGAGCAGUGGCGUCCUUGCUUCCUCUUCAGAUGGCACAGCUGUCAGGGUCGUCCAAGUGGGGUGGCGGCGGCAGAGGCAAUCUGCACACACAACUGUUGUAGCAGGAACCUUUAAGUGCCCUUUUAUAUUCUUAUCCGUAAUGUAAAUAAUAGUAUGCUCCUUUAAAAUGCACAUAAAGAAAAGUUCAUGCAUCUCAUUAUACUCCGGGGAACAUGGACUCCUUUUGACAAUCGCUUCUUAUGCCAAAAUCUCCACUACCACGUCUUGUUACCCAGAGAGACAACAUCCCGUUGGGUAAGUGGUGUCUCCUGUCCAGCCCUUUCGGUCUAGCACUCUCUCUCUCUCUCGGUCUUAAGACCAGCAGUGUGCAGUCAGGGCGCUGCAAAGCAUGAAGAGGGAGAGGGAUCAUCUUCUUUGCUCAUCGUGUGGGCCUGCAACUUGCUACUUUAGGGCGCACAACUUGUCAUGUGGUGGCACAGCCCAUACCAGCCGCUUCUGGAGAUGGGCUUAGAGUUACUGUUACAUAGAGGGGAUGUUUUCCCUUGUCCUUCACCGGCUGUGAAUUCUGGGGAAAAGCCACUGGAAGGAGCUUGGAUUAAGCAUCCAAAAACUGGGCAUGGUUUAUCGGUGUUAUUCUUUGCCACAAAGCUGCUGUGGCCACUCCUGCCUUCUCUGAAGAGUGACGUUUACUGGGCUGAGCUGUUUUGAUAAAGACAAGAAAAAGACGCUCACCACAAACUCAACCAUGCCUUUUUUAUUCAGUUCUUUGUCAUUCCCAUCAGAAUUAAGUGGCCUAGUUCUGGACUAUUUAUUGAAUUUGGGGACUCUGCACGUAGACUUGAAUCCUCUAAGCAAAUUCAGUGCAUCAAUAAAAGCCAUGGUGUAAA